ACCAGGCACACUGCAAAGCAAGAAACUACCCAGCAAGACUUUAAACAACCUCUGAGUACAUCAGUCUCUCAGUGGAUGAGCUUUCUUGUCUGCCAGAAUACAAGUACAACAGCAAUUCAUGGAACGGCUGUGGAAAAUCUUUUUGCUGGCCUGGAUGUUUCCAGUCCAGUGUCUCCCAGGAAAGUUUGGCACCAUGUUUCAUGGAACCCCAGAACAAUGUGAGAAAGCUGGGCUUGUCCCUGGCUCCAACCUUGGAGGAGAAGGUUUUGACAUAGUGAAGAUGGAAAGGAAGGGUGCUUAUGUGAUUGACACUGAAAAGUGGAAAAAUGCCAAUGGCACCUGCAAUCUGGUGAGGAACAGCUACCUGGGAGGCAUUCAGCAGAAGCUGCCACUGGUCGUGGUAGACUGGAGAGCCCUCUCCAAAUGUGUCAUGAAAGUCUCCAGCUCCAUCUACGACUCCAGUGAGGCCGUUGCCAAAGACUCCACCUCCAGUGUGUCAAACAACUGGAAGAUCGGCCUGAAUUUACCUGUCCAACCUAAUGUAAAUGUGGGGGUCGGCUUCGGGGGCACACAUGCUCAGGAGAGUACUUAUGCCAUGAAGAAAUCGAAAGAGGACAAAUACACCUUUGCUAAACACAAAGUUGACUGCAGCUUCUACAGGUACAGAGUAACCAGUAAACCACUACUUCACCCAGAGUUUUUGAUCUCCAUUGAUCGGCUUUCUGGGACAAAGGCUGAUUACAUAAAUCUGGUUGACACAUAUGGCACUCACUUCAUUAAUGAAGUGACACUCGGAGGAAAACUGAAGACCAUAACCUCAAUUCAAUCCUGCCAGGUUGCAAUGAGUGGACUUACAGACACUGCUGUCAAGGACUGCCUGGACGUUGAAGCAUCUGCAACACUCUCUAUGACUGCAGAAAUAAAAACAGAGUUUCACCACUGCAAGGAACUCAAGAAGAAAUUUUUAAAUAAUGCUAAGUUUAGCAGUACGUUCAGUGAUCGUCAUUAUGAGAUGGUGGGUGGGAUUAUAAACACGGCUGAUCUACUGUUCGCAGGAGGAUCAGACCCGAACGCAUACAAGGAGUGGCUGACAUCCUUGAAGACAGUCCCGAAUGUGGUGCUCUACUCCCUCAAGCCCCUACAUCAGCUGUUGCCACCCAAACAUCCAGCAGUUGGUGGUGUGAAGAAAGCAGUGGAAGACUACAUUAUGCAGAAUGCCCUACUGAAAAGGUGCGCCGAAUCUUGCAAUAUCGGGACAAGGUCUUCCGUAAGGGAUCCUUGUGCCUGUGUCUGCCAGAGUAAUAGGAACAUCAACUAUAAAUGCUGCCCUACUGCUAGAGGACUGGCAACACUGGAGGUUUAUGGAAUGAGAGCCCAAGGUCUGUAUGGAGAUGUGUGGACCCAAACUGAUGGCUCCGUUCAAGUAAGCUACGGUUCACAGGUUAUGCGUACUGCUGUGAUUCAAAAUAACGACAACCCAAUAUGGCCAGAGAGAUUUGAAUUUGGCAGCAUAAGGAUUGAUGAGGAAACAAAGCUCACAUUUGAAGUAUACGACGAAGAUAAUGUCUGGAACAGCGAACUUUUGGGUACAUGCUCAUUUCAAAUCCAACAAGGAAAGGAGUCCAAAUCUUGCAUGUUCUCAUAUGGCACAUUUUUCUUCUCGUACAAAGUGACAUGUGGCCCUAGUCUGGGCGGACAUAAGUGCCGUGAUUAUAUAGCAUCCCCCAUGAGCGCCACUCAGGCAAAUAUCUUCCAGUCCCGAAACGGCAUCCUUGCUAAGAACCUCUGGAAGCUGCAGCAGGCUGGAAACCAUUCUAAAGCUUCUAACCACCAAUUCUUCCUCUAGCUUAUGUGACAGGCACGAAAUAAAGCCAGUAGCUUUGCGUUGCAGCUUUUAGUGGACUAGACCAUCCCUGUACCCAAUGUUACAGUUGAAAUCCUUCAACUCUCAGCUGUGUUAAUCCUUCUGCCACUGGCAUCAUUCUGAAGUAAAUAAUCAAAAAUAUCUUUGUACUUCAUAUAUAAAUGAUCUGUGUAGUGACCGUGCUACAUUCAGUGUGUUUAAGCUGUGCUAUCGUGGAAGCAAUUUGCUCUGUA